CCUCCACGCAUGCGUAUUUCUUCAAAUUCCAAGCUGCAGAAUUUACUAUGAAUUAUUCGAAAACAUGACUGCAACACUCGCCGACACUGUGACAUACGAAUAGAAAACAGAAUUUGGAAUCGGCAAAAUAUAUUUUUAUCAGCACUGUGUUUCUUUGCUAAACUUGAUCAUUUCCUCCUGCACUGAAAAUGGCUGAGACAGAUUCAGUGACGUUGGCAAAGAUCAACUAUUAUUGCCGUGAAAAGCUGUACAGACACAUGCAGAAUGCUGCACUAGAGGGAAUGAAGAAAUAUGGCAACGACCCUGUCCUCAAGUUUUUCCAUGCAUACAGCAUGUUAUUGGAAGAUCGUGUCCAGGAAGGCAUGCGAGAGCUGGAGAUCCUGAAGGACAAGCGGGACCUGAACCUGUGUACAUACAUGGCUUUGAUGUUUGGCCACAAGAGGUGUAAGACUGUGGACAGAGAGGCCAUGCAGGAGCUGGACACUAAACUGAAAACUGAGAGAAAACAAGCUGGGGAGAUGGGUCUGUAUUUUGCUGGCCUGUUCUUGUUUCACUCAGAGAAGUAUGACAAAGCAAGGGAGUACAUUGAUAGGAUGCUGAAGAUAAAUGCUAACUCCAAGGAGGGUCUUAUCCUGAAGGGAUGGAUUGACUUGUUAUGUGGCAGGGAUUCUUAUGUCAAGAAGGCUGUGAAAUAUUUCGAUGAUGUCUUAAACCAGGGAAAUAAAGAAGUAGAUGCACUUUUUGGGAAGGCCAAAUGUUUUUCUCUGAAGAACAACUUCACUGGCUCUCUGGAGUUGAUGAACCAGGCCAUUGUGUCCUUCCCUGGCUACAUGCCUGCACUGAUUGAGAAGAUGAAGAUUCAGCUGGCACUGCAGGACUGGGAACAGACUGUAGAGACUGCUCACAGGGCCCUAUCUCAAGACAAUCACUCUCUAGAAGCACACAGAUACAUUGUUCUUCACCAACUUUGCAGGGAGGGAAAUGCACAGGAGGCUGCAACAAAGAUUGGGGAUCUGAUAGGUUUGGUGGACAGGUUUGAGCCAAAGAAUCCACACCUGUACAAUGAUAUAGCACAGACAUUUUGUAGACUGUGUGGAAGGAAUCUACUAGUUCUACAACAGACAUACACUCUGGCAGAGAGGGCAGUUAGCCUUGAUAACACUAGUGCGGAGUACGUCACAGAGCUGGGUUACGAGUUGCUGAUGCAGGGGAGGGUGAGGGAUGCCAUGAAGUGUUACAAGAACGCCAUGAAGCUGGAUGAGACCAGUGUGGCAGCUCUGACAGGUAUUAUCAGAUGUCAGUUAGCAGAAAACCAGCUCGAAGAUGCAGCACAGCAGUUGGAAUUUUUAAGUGAGAUACAGCAGAGCAUUGGGAAAUCUGCAGAGGUGUCAUACCUGAGCGCUGUGCUGGCCAGGAAGAGACAGAAAGGACCCGAGAAAGUCCUCGAGCUCUUAAAUGAAGCCGUAGAGAACCACUUUUCAGGACUGGAGUCUCUGCCAUUAGGAGUCCAGUACUUUUACCAGAUGAACCCUGACUUCUUGAUCCAAGUCAUCCAUGAGUUCCUCAUCUAUGCUCCUCAGCAGCCCAGCACCACUGGUCAGCCAGUCCACCCAGUACUGAAGAGGUGCCAGAUGGUGCUGGAGCCAGUGACUAGGACAGUGCCAGGACUCUUGGAGGCUCUCUUUCUCAUGGCCAAGGUCAAGUUCCUGUCAGGUGAUGUUGAUGCUGCCCAGGGCACCUUACAACACUGCCUGGACCAGGACUCCACCUUUUCUGAUGCACAUAUCUUGAUGGCUCAGAUACAGCUGCAUCAGGGGAACUUUAAACAGGCGUCACAGUCACUGGAAGUGGGACUCAGCUACAACUUUGAGGUAAGAGAGCACCCCCUGUAUCACCUGAUAAAAGCCAGGAUACAGAAGAAGCAGGGAGACUUCCAGGAUGCUGUGAAGACUCUGCAGAUGGCCAUGUCUUUACCUGGAGUGAAAAAGUCAGACAGCAAGUCAGGAAGCAAGAAGAAGGUAGCCCAGAUUGGUAUAAAUGACAGGGUGUCAGUGUUUCUGGAACUGGCAGAGGCACACAGGAUGUGUGCAGAAACUCAUGAAGCAGCCAAGGUGAUGACGGACGCCACCAUGGAGUUUGAAGGCACUCCUGAGGAGAUCAGAAUCAUGAUAGCCAAUGCUGACCUCUCCCUAAACCGUGGAGAUGUAGAGGGCGCCCUGGUCAUGUUGCGUAAUGUCAAAGAGAAUGAGCCGUACUUUGUUCAGGCGAGAGAAAAGAUGGCUGAGAUCUAUCUGCAUCACAGGAAGGAUAAGAGGCUGUAUGCCAGUUGCUACAAAGAACUAGUGGACAAACAUCCCAGUGCCCACACAUGUCUGCUACUGGGGGAUGCCUACAUGAGCAUACAGGAGCCAGAGAAAGCUAUAGAGGUGUAUCAAGCAGCUUUGAAACUGAACCCAAAAGAUGGCGCUCUUGCUAGCAAGAUAGGACAGGCUCUUGUCAAGACACAUAAUUAUGGAAAGGCCAUUAACUAUUAUGAGGCAGCGUUGAAGUCUGGUUCCCAAAUGUCUCUGAGGUAUGACCUGGCAGAGCUUCUGUUGAAGCUGAGACAGUAUGACAAGGCACAGAAGGUGUUACUGCAGGCACUGGACCAGGCAGGAGCAGUGACUAAGCUUGAAGAGAUGAUAGAACAGACCAAAUAUUUGGUAUUGCUAGCCAAAGUGCACACUCACAGAGAAGAAUUUGAACAGUCAGUAGAGGCACUUAAUAAGGCCAGGGACAUGCAAGCUAGGGUAUUGAAAAGAGUGCACAUGGAGCAGCCAGAUGCAGUGCCAGCUCAGAAACAGUUAGCAGCCAGUAUCUGCAGCCAGAUGGCCAAGCACUCCUCAGAUCAGAGAGACUAUGAGAAGGCUAUAAAGUACUACAAGGAAGCUCUGGUCUACAAUGAGAAUGAUGAAAAGGUUGCUAUAGAGCUGGCCAGGCUGUACAUGUUAACAGAUGAUCUGAAUGCCUGUCAACACCAACUCAUGGCCUUGCUGAAGAAUGAGAAACAAAAUGAUGCUGCAACUGUGAUGAUGGCUGACCUGAUGUUCCGCAAAAAUGACUAUGAUGCAGCCAUGUUUCAUUUCCAACAACUUCUGCAGCGUGCGCCAGAUCACUUUGAAGCUUUGGCACGCCUGGUUGACCUCAUGCGACGUGGAGGAAAAUUGGACGAGGUGCCAGUGUUCUUGGAAAAAGCUGAAACUUUCUCGCCAAAGACUGCCACAGAACCAGGCUAUAAUUAUUGCAAGGGACUGUAUGAAUGGCACACAGGCAACCCCAACAAUGCCCUGAAGUACUUCAACAAGGCCAGGAAGGACACAGACUGGGGCCAGGAGGCAAUAUACUGUAUGAUAGAGAUCUGUCUGAACCCUGAUAAUGAUAUCAUUGGAGGAGAAGUGUUUGAAACUAUGGACAAUGCUGAUUCAGCAGCGGAGAGGGCAGACAGUGAGCAGCUGGCAGUAAAAACUGCGGAGAAACUGAUCAAAGAGCUGAGACAACGACCCGGUGACAUCCGGCCCCGACUCCUGGAAAACAUGUUGUUGAUUGCCACCAAGAACAAGCAGAACAUUGAGAAGGCUCUGGCAGCGUUCAUGGAGAUUGCAUCUGCUGAGAGAGACCAUGUGGGAGCCCUGUAUGGCAUGGCGGCAGCCUACAUGGUGUUGAAGCAGACCCCCAGGGCCAGGAACCAGCUCAGGAGGAUUGCCAAGAACAACUGGAAUAUGCAGGAUGCAGAGGACUUGGAGAAGUGCUGGCUGCUGUUGGCAGAUAUUUACAUACAGAAUGGGAAGUAUGACAUGGCCACAGAACUGCUCAGGAAAUGUUUGGCAGCAAACAAGUCAUGCUGCAAGGCCUAUGAAUACAUGGGUUUCAUCAUGGAGAGAGAACAGUCGUACAGGGAUGCUGCCAAGAACUACGAGAAUGCCUGGAAAUAUGGUAACAAAAACAGCCCUGUCAUAGGUUACAAGUUGGCUUUCAAUUACAUGAAGGCAAGAAGAUUUGUAGAUGCUAUUGAUAUUUGUCAUCAUGUACUGAAGACCCACCCUGAUUACCCCAAGAUUAGAAAAGAUAUCUUAGACAAAGCAAGACAGAGCUUACGAGUGUGAGACAUCUAGAAAGUACAUGAACUUUACAUUCCCAGAUUUAAGUACAUAUGGCGAGGCUCAGAACUCAAUUACUCUCACUGUCCCCAUGGACACAUAAUGUGAAGUUUUGCACUCUGUUAAGUUAUAAAGUUCCAAAUGUUACCUUUGAAAGAGGAAUACAGAGAAAUAAGGCAACAGAAAAAGACACUUUUUUCAUGGGAGAUAUAUUUAAAGACAAAAUUUUAAUGGUGUGGACAUUGUCUUUGUCCUUUUUUUUAUGUAUUAUUUAUUUUUUUUAACUUUUGUUAAUGAGAUACCUUUAGACUUGAAAUAUAUUUUGAUAUUUACCUAAAUGGACAGAAUUUGAGUAGAUGCAUUUAUUUUAUAGAAUUGUGGCAAUUAUUUGUCAUAAAGCUGUGUGCUGAGAAAGAUAUAUCAUUGUAUUGAUCCGUCCUAAUGUACAGCCCUAUAAAAAGUUAUAUAUGAUUUAUGUAUUAAAUAAGAAUACAUUUCCUUAUUGAUAA